AUGGAUAUGAAUACCUUGAGCCCCAAGCUCACCGUCCUCCUAACCCUUCUCCUCCUCCUACAUUCCGCCGCCGCACCGGAAAACAGCCCGACAACUACAAUCCCCUUGCCGGAAAACCCCUCCAACACCACCGCCACCUACGGGCCGUGGCUGAGGGGAAUAAUCAAGAAUCCCCGGCGGAUGGGCUGCCGCCGGAGGCCGUGGAUCUGCCGCCAGGACGACACCCCGAGGGUCCGGCGGCGCUGCUGCCGGAACCGCUGCGUGGAUGUGACUUCCGACCCCAACAACUGCGGCCUCUGCGGGAUCCGCUGCCCCUUCACGUGGCAGUGCUGCAGGGGAUUAUGCUCCAACACCAACCUCAGCCCGUUCAACUGCGGGGGCUGCGGCCAGAGGUGCUUUUUCCCGAGGUUUUGCUUCUACGGGAUGUGUGGGUACGCGCAGCCACUGCCGCCGUUUCCGUUCCCGCCAAGGCCGAGGCCCUACCCGCAGUCGCCGGCCGCCUGA